AUGGUGUCUUUCUGGCCCUGGAAAGGCGACGACAACUCCCCUUCUUCCUUCGAGAAAACCCUGUCGACGCUGUCCACCAAGAUCGCCCAAGCGACCACGCGACUGGACCAGCAACGUCAGACAGCCCGCCGCUUCAAAGCCCUUUGGACGCUUUAUUCAACCUUUGCAUACCUUUUCUACUCCAUUGUACUCGCACUCGUGCUAGGAUGGGAGAGCUGGGGGUCAAGGAAUACGCCGCCAUUGCCGGCGGCCCCGUUCUCUAAACGGUAUCUUUCUGCUAGCAUCUACGCCGUACGAACUUUCAGCUCCCGGAUGUUUGAAUACCGCAUCUCUCGCAGCCAGCGCCAUCUCGACGAUCUCAACAGACAGCGUGACCAGACUAUCGAGAAGCUCAAGGUUGCGACCAAGUACGACUCGACCCAGCAACUGCUGGAGAGGUAUGGUGGCGAGUUACCAAAGCUCAGCCCAAGCUCCAAGGCUGGUCCGAAGCAGCACACACCCUCGCAGAAGCAGCAGCAACGACCUGUAGCCCGCACAGGGCUCCCUCCUCCGCCAACGGCCAACAUUCGCCGUCCUGCUCCUGACCAGCCUCCCGUCGGGCCUGGCAACACUCCUUCGCCUCUUCCCUACCCGCCACAUGUACAGCAACAACCCAUACCGAAUACACCGCAUUCUCCGCCUCCCAUUCCACAACAGUCCACCGACGAGCCCGGCUUCGCGCCAAACGCCUUCCCGAACUCAGGACAGUAUAUCGAACAACCACACUGGUAUGACCGGCUCCUAGACGUCCUCCUAGGUGAAGACGAGAUGCAUCCCCGGAACCGCAUGGCCAUGAUCUGUGGCUCGUGCCGCCUGGUCAAUGGCCAGGUCCCGCCGGGCAUCAAAACCCUCGAGGAGCUGGGCCGCUGGCGGUGUGGCAGCUGUGGGGCAUGGAAUGGCGAGGAAAGUGAGACAGUCAAGAUUCUGUCUAGCUUGAGACAGGCCGAUGGGCCGGCGGAGGGUACAUGGGAGCCCGUGUCGACCGCGGAAGCUGAUCCCCACGCUGGGGAAGUGACUGAUGACGGGGUGAUGGUUGCUACUGGCGAGGAGGAUGAGCAGGACGUUUCGCAGGAAUCAGACGAGGUAGAAAAUUCCGAAGCCGACGAGCCAGAGGAAGUGGCCAAGGCUGAGCCUGUUCGUCGGUCGAAGCGUGGGAAGGCCAAACAGUAG